GGGUGUAUUUUUGGGAACCUUUUUGGACUAGCCCGCACUUGGCAAUGAAUUCUGUACCUGAAAUCAGGAUAAUUGUUUACUAAUCUUUUGCCAAUCACGCUGUGGAUAGUGAAGCGGGCCGACUUCAGACUUCCAAGUAUCUUAUUCACAUGCAAAGGCGCACGCUCAUCGUACCUCGGCAAUUCGCAAUCCGCGACAGGUGCUAGUGGGUGUAUUGCCAAAGGGGGGAAGCUGAUGCUGAUUUAGCUGAGCUCUGGAAAGCGCUCACUGGUAACACGGAUACAGAAUAUACCUCAGACGCAACCGGCGCACGUCUCCUCUGAUCCCAUCCUCUCCUGCUUUACAUCAUGACCUCCUAUACUCCAGAGGGAAUGGUCGACGCCAUUCGACAGUCCCCUCCGAUCGACCUUUCGAUACCUUACGACGCCGCCUGGGUCAAGGGCAAAACGAUCCUUAUAACUGGGGGAGCUAGUGGGUUCGGAGCUGGCUUCGUCAGGCAUUGGGCGAAGAACGGAGCGGUUGUGAUAGUGGGAGACAUCAACACAGAGAAAGGAGACGUCCUCGUGCGCGAGGUGAAACAGCAAACGGGCAACAACAACGUCCACUUCGUGCACUGCGACGUGACCGACUGGCAAUCGCAGGUCAAUCUCUUCAAGGAGGCCGCCAGUUUGAGUCCACAUGGGGGCAUCGAUACGGUCGUCGCCAAUGCAGGCAUAGCUGGCAACGACCCGACACAGCAGCCUACGGGCUUGGAUGCUGCGGAACCUCCGAGGCCAGCUUUCAAGAUCCUUGAUGUCAAUCUGGCCGGCGUCAUGUAUACCACACACUUGGCCUAUUACUGGCUUGUCAAGAACCCCGGUUCGGAGCGCUGCAGCAUGGAUUCCAAACCCGGAGAAAGGGUGCGCGACCGACAUCUCUUGUUGCUUGGUUCCAUCGCGUCUCUAGCGCCCAUUGCUAUCCAACCCCAGUACAACGCAGCAAAGCACGCUGUACUUGGGCUCUUUCGGUCCCUCCGCGCAACCUCCCAUUAUCAGGGCAUCCGCAUCAACCUCCUCUGUCCGUACUUCAUUGAUACGCCGAUUGUAACCGCGCCGGCUCGAAUCGUACUCGCCGGCGGCGCUAUGGGGAAAGUAGAGGACGUCGUCGACGCGGCUACUCGUUUCGUUGCGGACUCUCGUAUCCUCGGACGCGCACUGGUCGUUGGACCGAAGGUCACUGUUAAACAACUCGACACUGGCGAAUGGAGCCUCGUCUCGAAGGGCACCCCCGGUGGAACCGAGACGGCUCUAUGGGAGCCUUGUGCGGAUGACUGGGAGGAGGUAGAUGCCUUCGAUCGCAACAUAAUCAAGAUACUCAACUCGGUCCAAGCCGCUAGAGGUUGGAUCGGCUGGGCUGCAGACCUUGUGAAGGCGGUCGGCCACGGACUUGGCUACAGACGCUGACGCUGACGGCUCAGACACCUCAGGCAUGGCUGCAUAUUUCGUAUGCACCGACGCUCGUUGUGACUGAUAGAAUUAUUCCAAGGAUCAAGUCGAAGAAGGUGAGCUACUCCGUAGAAUUCGUGAGGAGCACUGGUUGCCGUUGGCUUAGUCAUACCAUGAAAACCGAUGGCUGGGUAUGACAUCACUCCCAAGAUGCAUGCGGGGGCGCCGCGGCUAGCCCAUUGAAGUAUAGCUUCCCUUUUAA